AUGUACCAAGAACUGAGAGAAGAGGUAGAACACAUGGAAUGGAAGAAAAUGUUCUUCUCCAACUAUGCAAGACCAAGAGCAGUGUUUAUCCUUUGGCUUACUGCUAGGGGGAGACUUCAAACAAAGGACAGACUGAUACGGUAUGGUAUUAAUGUUGAUGCUAAUUGUGUUUUUUGCUCAGCGGAGGAAACAAUGGAUCAUCUAUUGUUUGAGUGCAGCAAAACAAAUGAAGUAUGGCGUAACAUUCUGACUUGGGUUGGAUAUAACAGGAUCCCUUCCACUUGGACUAAUGAGAGCACAUGGCUCAUCACUAAAACGAGGAAGAAAGGAUGGAGACGAGACAUCCUCAAAGUUGCCAUUGCAGAGACAGUUUAUGCUGUUUGGAGAAUGCGCAAUGAAUUAAUCUUCAACCAACACACAAUGGAUGAUACAAUUACGAAUACGAUAAAGGAAAAUGUAGUUUUGAGAUGUAUAGGAUAUAAGAAGAUUGCUAAUCACAUUAAUAGAGAAAAUUUAUGUAUUGAAUAG